AUGACAAAUAUAUCGAUAUUUUACAUUUACUAUGUGGCAGUAGUUUUUGAGGUGCAACUGAUUAUCUUGAUGGAUUAUUUGAGGAAUCUGUCUCUGGAAGGACCUAUUGAUGAUGAAUUGAUUAAACGCCAUUUGGUGGUGGUAAUUGAAAAACACCAUGCACUUAUGAGAUGUUACCAAAAAGUCAGAGACUUAUUGUACGUGCCAUCGAUUUGGAUUGCACUGAGUGGCAUAGUAAUUGUGACAUGUUUUUCAUUUCUCAUAGUAUCUAGUACUUUUGGAUUUUUCAGCACCUACUGCAACUUUUUUGGAAUGAUAGUCACUGUCUCUUUUAUAUGUCAUGAAGUGCAAACACUUGAAGAUAUGAGUGGAGAUUUUUCCAAGGCGCUGUACGAUACAAAGUGGUACCUCUGGAAUCAAAACAAUAGGAAGACAUUUGCUAUAUUUUCAAUUGUCGCAUCAAAACCGCUUUUAUGGAAUCUUACAUUUGAGACUAAAAUUAAUCAUGGAUAUUUGAGAAAGAUUUUGGGACUCAUCUACACCAUAGAAAAUUUUCUGAGGUCAUUUUCAACAUAAUUCAGAAGCCUAGAAGCCUUCAAAGCUGUUAGAGAUCACUGUAGUUCAUAGUGUAAUAGUACACCAUAAUCAUUAUAACUACAUUUUAAUUCAAAAAAGUACAUGGAAGUUCUUAUAAGAACUAAGACAACUGUUUCAUUUCAAAAU